AUGGGUUACCUUAAGACGUCAAGCCUUCUUGCCUUCUUGGCGUCUGCUGCUUCGGUCGCUGCUCACGGUCACGUCACCAACAUCGUCGUCAACGGCGUCUCAUACCGCAACUACAUCCCUGUCCAGGACCCAUACACCAACAACCCUCCUCUCGUAGCCGGCUGGACGAUAGAUCAGCGUGACAAUGGCUUUGUCGCGCCCGACGCUUACAAUGCUCCGAAUAUCAUCUGCCACAGACAAGCAGUGUCUGGCAAGGGCCGAAUCACAGUUGCUGCUGGCGAUACUGUGCAGCUCCAAUGGACGGAAUGGCCUGACAGUCACAAGGGCCCCGUUAUGGACUUCCUAGCAAACUGCAAUGGACCUUGCAACGCCAUCGACAAGACAGCACUCAAGUUCUUCAAGAUUGACGGCGCCGGUCUGAUCAACCCUCCUCAACAGACAAACCAGUGGGCGGCAACCGUGUUGAUUAACAACGGCAACGCCUGGUCCGUCCGCAUCCCGCCCAAUGUUGCUCCAGGCCACUACGUUCUUCGUCACGACAUCAUUGCCCUUCACAGCGCCGGUCAGCAGAACGGAGCGCAAAGUUAUCCCCAGUGCGUCAACUUGGAGAUCACCGGCUCCGGAACGGAUAACCCUGCUGGCGUACUAGGAACCGCUCUCUAUGGCGCCAACGACCCCGGUAUCCUGUACAACAUCUACCGGGACAACCUCAACGACUAUGUCAUUCCUGGUGGUUCCAUCAUCUCCGGUGGUGUUUCCAUGCUCCCGCAAUCGAGGAUUCAGAUCACUGCCUCUGGCAGUGCUACCCCUUACGGCACAACGAUUCGCGCGAGCUCAGUCAUCACCGCCUCCGCCAGUGUACCAGCUUCAAGUUCUGUCGUUGUGAUCACUAGCAGGUCUUCAAGCACAAUCAGCUUCGGCAACUCUACUUCAGAUACUACCACCCUGAUCCAAACCUCUACUACUGCUGCUACGACGACAAUAACACUGACUCGCACAAGUUCGACAUCCAGCUCAAGUUCUAGCUUAAGCAGUAAAACCAGUACCAGCAACAACUCCCCGACCAGCGCCACCAGAACAACGUCUCAGACACCGUUGCCCACGACGUUCCAGACCAUGACAACGACGGCACCACCCGCAGGAGAACCGACUCAGAACCUGUACGGCCAGUGCGGUGGCAUGAACUACGCUGGUCCGACCAGGUGUCCAGACUACGCGGCUUGCACCACCAUCAACCCGUACUACGCGCAAUGUACUCCGGGUCCUGUACCUGCGGGAGCUCAGUCUCUGUACGGACAGUGUGGCGGUAUCAACUGGCCGGCUGAGAGCCCGACGUCUUGUGUCCCUGGCGCUACUUGCAAGACGGCCAACCCAUACUACGCUCAAUGUACUCCGGUAUGA